GCCGCUGUGCUCGUGGACGAGACGGCCGAGCCGGGCGACGACGAUGACGACGAGCUGGAGUCGGACGGACUGGACGUGGAGUCGCUGUUGGCGCAGGCGCAGGGCCUGCCGCCGCUGCUGGACCUGCCGCCGGACGCCGACGACGAGACCAUGGUCGAGCUGGCGAUCGCGCUUAGCCUGCAGGACCAGGAAGGCACGCCGGCGCUGCAGAACCUGCGCCAGCACCUGCAGGGCCUGGUCGGGCUGGACGCCCUACAGAACCUGGGCGGCCAGCCGCUGCAGAACCUGCUGGGAGCGGCCGGCGGCGCCGAGGCAGGCGCGGCCGGCGCCCCCAACGAGGGCCACUACUCGGACACGACGGCGUCGGCGCCGGCCUCCGACGACGAGGGCUCGACGGCGGCCACCGACGGCUCGACGCUGCGCACCUCGCCCGCCGAACAGGCCGGCAGCGGCGGCUCCGAGAGCGGCGCCAGCGUAGUGGACAGCAUCGCCGGCGAGCACACGUCCGGCCGGAGCUCCACCUACGGCGACGCCGGUCACGAGUCGGCCGCCGGCGCGCGCAGCGAGACCAGCUCGGUCGGCGCGCCCGACCCCCGCCGCCACAGUCGCCGCGUCCGCCUCCAGUGCUGA